UGUGUGUGGGAGACGAAGCUUGUUCAACCAACUUUUGCACCUAGCAUACAACGGCUGUGUCAAAAGUCGACCUGUCUAUUUCCCACGAUGUCGAAUUGUCGGUAAUUCAAUCCAAAACAACAUUUUUGAGUUUGUGCAUCUUUUCCAAAAAGCGUUCACGAAACGGGAGAGUGUUUGUGUUUGUUUCUACAAGUGCACUGGAAUUACAUAAAAAUCACACAAGGCCAGUUCGCCACUUCGGUAAAAACAGUUUUGAGACACCCAAGUGCACAGUGUUCACGUGGUUACGUGAAACCGAAAAAGACAGCGAUAAUAAAAUAAAAAAGGCACAAUGAAAGCCAUGGUUGUGAGUCCUGUGGGAGGUCGUGUACCAUCAACGCGAGGAGUUUUGCACAACGGUCUUGGUAUAAAUGCUGGGACCCGUCGUGACCUCGAGGCCGAAGAAGUUGCUGCUUAUUUGACCAAGUUGAGAUCUCUGGUACCUGACAUGCCGAGAAAACGGAAACUUUCGAAAUUGGAGGUAAUACAGAGGGUGAUUGAGUAUAUUUGUGUCUUACAAACUACUCUUGAGGAGACGAGUAUUCAUCAGGAACCGACAGUGUCCGGCAGCAGCAAGUCUUCACCAACGAGACAACCGUUGCAGCCGCUGUUAAAUGCAGCAACAACGACCUCUGCGACCAUCACUGAACGGUGACCACUAGAAACCGAACACAUCGGUUUAAGAAAUGAGGACGUGAAAAAAAUUGUUUCUUAAGAGAACAGAAGAGGAUGACAUCGACCUGGAGAACACUGGAGAACAGUCGCGUACAAUUCGAUUAGACUCGCAAUUAUUUGUAAUGAACAGUAAUUAAAAGUUGAAGACUGCGGAUACGAGAAUUAAUUGAUUAGAAAGUAGUAUAUAUUACUGAAAUCUGGUCAAUCAACGUUUGUUCAUCGAUACGUGAUGUGUGUUCUACGAAUACUUGAUCGAGCAGCAGGUGAGGCACCUCGCUAAAUUAACAACAAAGUUGCUCGUUUCCUGUGACAGUGUGCGCUCUAUCAAUCAAUCUUGCGCAAUUUUCACGAACAUUAUGUAUGUAAGAUAUUAAUUGCGAAGUUUUUUUGUUGGUAUUCUGCUUUUGUAACAUUUUGUUCAUCAGCUGAUGAUGGUGUGUGUGUUGGUACGGUGAAAAUAACAGCUCAAGAAGAAACAUUGUUAGUAAAGUAUUUAGCUAUAUCUGCUGCAAUUUUCAAAAGAACCAAAAAUGACACUGUCCAACACUUGCAGAAGAAAUUGAAAGAUGUUCAAAAACUACUUGCACUCCAAGUUGACCUUUUUCUUUACGUGAAAGACUGUACAUAUUUGUAUAUAAACUCAUCAUCGCAUUCCUCACGCAAGACGUUAUCUUCCCAGUUAUAAGAAGAAUAUAAAUUCUACAUCCUUGUUUGCUAACAGAUUCGUCUCAGUUUUUGCGGAUAAGUUACAUAAGAUUGUAAGCUUUAAUUAACACUUUUUCAAAAUAAAAAGUGUGCCAGUAUAUUCAGUUUAAAUUAUACCGCAAGUCGAGUUAGGAUUUCGAAAAUAAUUGACAUGUGACUCACCGAGUGUAGGCGUUUUUGUGAUUCAAAUAUUCUCGAAUAUUUUUCGGAUAUUAGAAAGUAAGAUUAUAUCGGAAGCUGCGUGUAAAAAGAAGAUAUGAGAAAAGAAUACGCCGUGUUUAGUUUUCGACAAUAAUAUUCAAUUUUUUUUUCUUCAACUGCGCAUUUUGUUUUUUGUUUAAACUGAAAAAGAUAACGAGGCUGGAAAUAACAUAUAACGCAACUGCCUGAAAAACAAUUAACAUACUAAGUUAAUAAAAAAAUACUAGCUACAAAUUGAUAUUGAUGAACACAGUUGUACUAUAUAUUGUUUAUGAGUCUUUUAAACAAUCUUGAUACCUGCGCAAAUUUUGUAUUCGCCAAAAAAAAAAA